GAUUUCCCAUCUUACAAAACUCAAAGUACCACACCUCUCUCUCUCUCUCUCUCACACACACACACACACACACUCAACAAUGGAUUUUCUCUUGUUAGUAUAUGCUUUCCUAAUCUUCUAUCCUCUCUUCGUGUUAUGGAGGGGGAUUGAUAGGAAAAGGGACCGAGAAUGUUAUAUACUAGACUAUGAGUGCUACAAACCAACAGAUGACAGGAAGCUUGACACAGAGUUUUCUGGGAAAGUGAUAAUGAGGAGUAAACAGCUUGGUCUUAACGAGUACAAGUUUCUGUUGAAAGCUAUUGUGAGCUCUGGAAUUGGGGAGCAAACCUAUGGUCCCAGGAUCAUGUUCAAAGGCCAAGAGGAAAACCCUACAUUACAAGAUUCAGUUUCUGAGGUGGAGGAGUUCUUUCAUGACAGCAUCGAAAAGCUCUUGGCCAGGUCAGGCAUUUCUCCUAGAGAAAUUGAUGUUCUUGUAGUUAAUGUCUCCAUGCUGUCUUCCGUGCCUUCUUUAGCUGCUAGGAUCAUAAAUCACUAUAAACUAAGGGAGGAUGUUAAGGUUUUUAACCUCUCUGGGAUGGGUUGUAGUGCAAGCCUUAUAUCAGUCGACAUUGUCCAAAACGUUUUCAAGAGUUGCAAGAAUGUUUAUGCGCUUGUUGUCACCUCGGAGUCUUUAAGCCCUAAUUGGUACUCAGGGAAUGAUAGAUCGAUGAUUCUUGCAAAUUGUUUGUUCCGAUCUGGUGGGUGUGCCAUCCUUUUGACUAACAAAAGGGCCUUAAAGCACCGAGCCAUGUUCAAAUUGAAGUGCCUAGUUAGGACACACCAUGGGGCUAGAGACGAGUCAUAUGACUGUUGCCUUCAAAGAGAAGACGAGCAAGGGCGCCUAGGGUUUCACCUAGGCAAGUCACUACCAAAGGCCGCUACACGAGCUUUGGUCGACAACCUUAGAGAAAUAACCCCAAAGAUCUUGCCAGUAAGGGAGCUACUUAGAUUUAUGGUGGUGUCAUUCAUACGGAAAUAUUGGAGCCAUAGAUCCACGAAGGGAGUAGUCAGUCCUAAACCUGUGAUUAACUUCAAGACCGGUGUUGAUCACUUCUGCAUCCACACCGGUGGCAAGGCGGUGAUAGACGGGAUUGGCGUUAAUCUUGAUCUCACCGAGUAUGAUCUGGAGCCAGCAAGAAUGACAUUGCACAGGUUUGGCAACACAUCUGCUAGCAGUCUUUGGUAUGUUUUGGGAUACAUGGAGGCCAAAAAGAGGCUAAAGAGAGGCGAUAGGGUUCUGAUGAUGAGUUUUGGUGCGGGCUUUAAAUGCAACAGCUGUUUGUGGGAGGUGGUGAGAGACUUGGAUGCAGAUAACGUGUGGAAGGACUGCAUUGAUAGCUAUCCACCAAAGUCACUGGCCAAUCCAUUCAUGGAGAAGUUUGGGUGGAUAAACAAUGAAGAUCCAAGCACUUUUGUAAUGCGUUAAUCUUAAGACGAAGCUCAAUAUUUUAUUCUCUUUCAACCUCCAUAUCUUCCUUAAUUCUCUCUUUUCUUUUCUUUUCUUGCUUCUCUCAUCAAAUUUAAACCCAUCUUUUGUUACUGUAAUAUUUUUUUUUCCUAAUUUUUCCUUCCUACAAUCCGUACACUAUUAUAUGAAGUUGUUAUUAUUGUUGGAUAUUUUCAUAACGCAAUAAGGAGUGCUGCUUCCAAUGUGAUGAGAAGUUUGUAUAUCUAA